CUCGGAAUAAUAUUCACCUAUUUCCAAUUAUUACUUCCAUUACAGAGCAACUAUCGCAAUCGCAUUAGCUGUCCGUAAGCUUUUCGUAAGAACACCCAGUCCUCCGCCCUCUAGCGUUCCCAGCCCCUCAAUCUGCCGUGCUGGCGAUUUUCGCUUCGUUCUACUACAAAAGUGUCAUCUCUGGCCCACUGGACUUUUACUUUCCUUUCAGACUCUACCAGUGCCCUUACCCCCGUCAUUGACGACAUCUGCUUAAAAUUCCAUCACUGUAGACACCUGUGCCCACUACAGCCUUAGCCGAGCCGCUGCAGUUUCAUGAUCCACCUCGCUUGCACUAGCGUUUCAUCCACUGCCAUCUAGCCCUACGUGUGUUCAGUUUGUCUCAGCUCACCGUCAGCAUCAAUUCCGUGUCAAAUCAGCUUCAAACCAGCUUUACACCAGUGUCUGUAACAAAGCCUUUCUUUUCGAGUCCAUAUAUCCGAUAGCUAUAAGUAGCCCAUACAAGCCAUAGACAUUUCCAUGCCAACACCGGUGUCUGUAUCUGUCUGAGCCUUUCAUCAGUUAGUUACACAUUUUCACACUCAGAGUUACUAUCGCCCCUAUCCUUUUCAUUCUACAUUGUCUUCUUUAUCGUGCCACAUCUCAGUCAUCUGUGUAAAAAAAACACUCUGUGAUUCAUCUGUGAUUCACUUACAUAUCUCCCGAUUCUUCGCCAGCAUCCUGCCAUCGCGAUAUAGCCACUAGUUUCAUCACUAGUACUCCACAUCAGUAUUGUCACAGCUUCAGCCUUCCUUGUUGGUCCCAUCCGAUCACAUCUCUAAUCUCGGCACAGACUCCCUCGAUGUCUUCGCAAUGCACAAACCCACCAACAAACGAAGCAACUUCCAGUUCACAUACGAUGCCGACAACUACCUACUCGAUCUCGUGUUUAACUAUAGGGAAGACAUAUUCACCCGCGGAAACACCAUCCGAACCUGGGAACAGGUGCUACUCAAAUUUAACCAACGGUUUCAGACAAAUAUCGUGCAAAGCCGGACCAUCAAUAACCGAUUUAAAAUUCUCCGUAAAAACCUUGAGAAUAAAUUGCUCAGCGAACAGCAUCCAAUAACCGAGCUAAACCUUAAUGAAAACGAAAAAUUGCUAGUCAGUCUAAAUGAGUAUAUAAGUCGACGUAAACGAUAUUCACUUCCUCUGGAUUCGGAUUCUGGAAGCGUUCUGAAAAAGCAGAAAAAGAUGCCGGAAAACGAUUCCCAGAAUCUUGUGGAUGAAAGACCUGACAGCGCAUUUGCCUCUCCGACCAACACGACUAUGCACUCAGAGAUUACUUCAAUGUCACCUAAGAUGUCCUCUACGUUGUCCACAACGGCGACAGGAAAGUCUACAGAUUUCAUACUGUCUGGCACACCAAAGUUCACCGAGGCAGGCCCUCGGGUCCUUUUCUCGAAUCCAGACCCUCAUGGCCACAUACAAGAAGUCCAGCAAGCAGUAAUGUCUGGACCUGGUCAAGUAACGGGUCCCUUAGCCUCCGUGGCCCUGUAUACUAUGAGCACUCCUCAGUUGCAACCGGGAUUACCAGACCUGAGUCUAAUAGUAUCACCACACUCUCUGGUAAUGAUGGCUCAACAGGCAACACAACCGGCUCCCCAGCAAACAGGACAGCAACCAGGACAGCAGCAGCAACGACAACCCCAGCAACAGCCUGGUGCUAUGCAACGUCUGCUUUCUUCUUCGCGAAUACUGUCCUCUUCCACCAUCCAGUUCCCCGUUGCUUCUCCUCUCUCCGUACAAUAUCUAGGCGUGCGAUCCAUAGAAAGCCUCACUGGAGCUUCUGAAGAUCGAAAACAGCAACAGCAACAACAGCAGCAACAGCAGCAACAGCAACAACAAUCUAGCAUGAUUGAGCCUGGACCUCGGAAAAGGAUAAGGAGUUACCCGAAGUCGUUGAGUCAGCUCGCAAAUAACCAAGAGUUACUAGAGCAGUAUCUAAUAGCGCAGAAUGAACACAACUUGCAGAUCAACGAGCUUCGAAGAGAGUUACGGGACUUCAAGGACGAGGUCAACUUCAAAAUGAAAAACUUGCUAACUGCAAUCGAGCACCAAUCCACCUCAGUGUCCAUCAAGAUGAACAACUUGUUUGAACUCAUGAUGACCAGAAAGGAGAACGACGUCAAGCUCGAUCGCAUAGCUAAGGCACUAGAACUUGAUGCCAUGUCAGAAUUCACUCAGCAACCACAGGCAGAACAACCACAGGGUCCCCUUCAACACUCUGAACAUCACCAACGGACAGAAUACGAUGACGAUACAGAAUGAACUGCUGGUGUGCAGAGUUUCCAAAAGUUAAUUUAGUUCAUCAAUGUAGUAAUACUAAUAGCUUAUAUACUCGAGUUGUAGAACAAAAAGAUAGAAAUUAUGUC